AUGGUAGAUUUGUUUGGACCCCUCAAGAUAGAAGGGAAUUGUUUAAUGAAGUUGGCAGACGUUCUGAUGACCACUACAUCAUUACAAGUCUCAUCAGGCGAUGGACUACCACAAAAACUGUGUGAUACUUGUGCAAACACUUUGCAAUUGGUAUUUACAUUUCGAGCCCAAGCAUUGGAGUCUGAGACAGAGUUAAAGAAGCUCCUUGAAAAUCCUCAAAUCAAAAAUGAAGAAUUUGAUGUUGAAAUGAAAGAUGAGACAGAUUACUUUGAUGAUUUUUACUAUCGCGAUGAGAACAAACAACAUUCCGAAUCACAUGAGUGUACAAUUUGUCAGAAGCAAUAUAAAACGCAGAAGAGAUUGUUGAAACACUUAGCAUCACACUACAAUUUUACUUGCACAAAAUGCAAUAAAGGUUUCCCCAAUAAACCAUCUUUAGAUGAACAUAUGUGGACCUGUAAUGAAGAUGAUUGUUUGCUACUUCAAAACAAUGUAAAGUUAGAAGAACUUGAUUUCAAAUGUCCAGAAUGUCCAGCGUCUUAUACAAAAGCAAGAGCCCUAUCAGCACAUUUACGGAAACACGGAGCUGUAAAGCAAUAUGAGUGUGAUCACUGUAAUAAGAAAUUCUCAUUGAAGACAUUGUUAAGACGGCAUAUGAGGCUACACAGUGGAAACAAGCCAUACAAAUGCAAUCAAUGUAAGAAGAGGUUUACAAGGAACGAUCAGUUACUGGACCAUAUGAACAAGCACAAUAAUAUUAAGCCGUACGUUUGCCCACACUGCUCGAAAGCUUUCUCUCAGCUUGGUACUCUAAAGGACCAUAUAAGGACCCACACAGGAGAAACACCAUUUCUUUGCUCCGAAUGUGGAAAGGGUUUCAGCAAUAGUUCGAAUCUCCGGCAGCAUCUCUUGAGGCAUACUGGUAUUAAGCAGUUUGCUUGCAAACUUUGUCCGAAGACCUUCAUUACAAAAGGUCAAAUGACCAGCCACAUGGUGACCCACACGGGAGCCCACCCGUACAAGUGCAACGAGUGCGGUUCCUCGUUCACCAAACCCAAUUCGCUGAAGAAGCACAAGUUCAUCCAUCUCGGGAUUAGGCCUUUUGUUUGCGAUACGUGUAAUAUGAGUUUCACAUGCAAAGACCACCUUAAACGCCACCAGAGGAUACACACCGGGGAGAAGCCGUAUAAGUGCACUUACUGCGAGAGAGCCUUCACCCAGAGUAACGACCUGGUGAAGCACACCAGGGUCCACGUCGGACAGAAUAUAUACCAGUGUUCAGUGUGCCAUAUGAAAUUCCGUCUUCACAGAGAGCUGAAACUACACUAUCCCACUCAUUAUGAUAAUAGCGAGAUCCCAAAGGAUAUACAGGAGGAGAAUAUGGUACCAGAUAUGGCUAAGCAGGGGACGGACGGACGGAUAACUAUCACAUUCAGUCAUUUGGACAAAAACAAUCUGGGCGAUAUCACUAUUAAUAUAUCAAAUGAUAAGAGUUGA